GAAUGACGUCGCAAACGAAAACUUGUGCUCCCAGUUAAAAAGUAAAAAGUGUUUGACGUUUGUGAUGUUAUUGUGGUUGAGUUAUUUGAAACAGCUGGAGCUAGCGUGCGCUGCCGCGGUGGGGCCGCCGCCAGGCGGCGCUGUCGACGUCAAAACAAUGUGUGAGGACGAGGAAUGGGGAAACGAGAGCGAGGCAAUGCCAGGAGAACCUCGCACGCCGAGCUCGGGUGGAGAGCGAGCUGCUUCGAGUGGUGGAGCUUCACCUACUUCCGAGGGAUCCGCAACCGCGUCUCCACCACGCCUUCGCCUUAACGCAAGUCUAGCUACUGAUCCAGCCCUUGCACCUCAAGCAACGUCCCUAAAGCAUGAGCCACCCUCGCCGUCACCACCGCCGGCUCCAGCACAACAAGCGAGAGAUUAUGGCUUAGCUCUUACGGCGGCUAACUUUCCGGCGCUGUUUCCUGCAGCAACCGUGACUCCCCCCGGCUACAUGUGCAAGCCUUGUGGAAUACGAUAUUCAUCACUGAGUACACUCCAAGCACAUCAAGAACACUAUUGUUCAAAACGUAGAACGAAACCCGAUGGUACUGAAACACCGAUAGAUGCAGCGGGCGAUGAGUCAAGCGGUGACUCAAAAACGCCGCGACCACUCGGCAAGCAAUAUGCGUGCACAUAUUGUUCAUAUAGCGCUGAUAAAAAAGUGAGUUUAAAUCGCCAUAUGAGAAUGCAUUCCUCGUCACCGGUAAACAGUGGCACUCCUGUACCACCUCCUACAUCAAAUGGCGAAACCGCUGAAGGUCCACCGGCUCAAGAUCGAUAUUGUGUAGAUUGUGAUAUUCAUUUUAGCUCAGUUAAAACAUACCGAGCUCAUAAAGCUCAUUACUGUAAUACGAGACAGGUUGUCAAACAAGCAUUAGCAGCGGCCAGGGCAGGAUCUGCAACGUCAGGUUCCGCGCCACCAUCUCCUGGGGCGACUCCGCCCGCUCAAAACCAAUAUGCAUUAGCUUUGCCAACUAACCCGAUUCUCAUAGUUCCGUAUUCUAUUUUAAGAAGUGCUAGCACACUUCCAGGUACUACAUUACCAGAUCCAGAUACGCCUUGCUUUUUAUUACCAAAUGGAACAUUUCAACCUAUUAGUCGAGCGUUGCCAAAUAUGAAUCCAGAAGUGAAAGAACCUGAGGUUUUGAAAUCGGCUAAUAGACCACGAGAACCAUCUCGAGAUGGGGCUACACCUUUAGAUCUGAGCGUUCGUCGAUCUCCAGAAUCUGUUACUACAGAUGAACAUGAGAAGGAGAACCGAAUGCGUUCUACGACCCCGGAACAAAUAGUUUGUGCUCCAUCGCUGCCGGGAUCUCCUGGUACUCCGUCUCCUUCUAGAAGAUCUUCUUCGCCAAGUGGAGAAAAUUCACCUAAGAGACGCCGCCGUAAUUCAAGAGGACCCACUCCUAAACCACCAAGUGUGCCUUCUCCUCCAGAAGAAAAAUUUACACCGGUCGUCCCACCUCCGAUUUUACCGCCUGCCUUGGCUCUACGACUAGCGACAGAAUUGCCCGUGACGUCACCUCAAGUAUUGGUUAAACAAGGAGUUUCCAAAUGUAAAGAGUGCAAUAUAGUAUUCUGCAAAUUUGAAAACUAUCGUAUACAUAAACGUCACUACUGCUCUGCUGGUGGAGGAGAAGAAAGAGCUAGUCCAGCGCCACCGGAGCCUGGUCCACCACCACAGUACCGCCAACUUAUCUGCUUGGCGUGUGGAAUACACUUUAGUUCCCUAGACAAUUUGACCACUCACCAAUCAUAUUACUGUACAAAAAGAGAGACUCGAUCGCCUCGAAGCAUUCCUGAAGUGCCACGACCUGCUUCAGGAUCAGAUGGUGGGCGAAAAUGUCCAUGUUGUGAAGUAGUCUCUCCCACGACUGCAGCAGCGCAGCGCCAUUUAGAAUCACAUGCCGGGGUCAAAGCGUUCCGCUGCACGAUCUGCCGAUACAGAGGAAACACGCUACGUGGCAUGCGUACUCAUAUACGAAUGCAUUUCCGCGAGAAGCCGGCUGACCUCCAUGAGGAGAACUACAUCUCUUGUAUACAGGAAGAAGAUAAUCGGGAAACCACUUCGCCGAACCCAGCGGUGGGCGAGCGAGUCUACCGAUGCGGCUCCUGUGCCUAUACGUCGUCGUACCGUGGCAACCUUGUGCGUCACGCACGUCUAGUUCACGCCACCGAAGACCCCGAACCGGAAGAACAAACAUCUCCCAUUCCUCCCGUUGAUAUUAAAAAAGAACCAGAAACAGAAGAAGAUACUCCUAACUUCUGCAAAUCCUGCAACAUAUCAUUCAAGUACGUAAACACGUACAAAGCGCACAAACAGUUCUAUUGCACCGCUGCUAAUCAAGACGCCGCUGCCAAUAAUAACGUCCCAGCGAGGGUCAACGAUGCGCCUGUUGUAUGAAAUGGUUUAAAUAUAUUCUAGCGGUCAUAAUAAAGAGCUCGCGAAAUGCGGGUUUUUUAAACUCAACAUGGCCGCUGUUCAAACAAGCCAACUACAUUUUUUCUAAAUAUCCUUCCUUGGCUUACUUUGCUUCCAAUUGUUAUUAAUAAAAAGUGUAUAUCCACUCGUUUCCUGAAUUAUAUAAAAAAAACUAUGUGCAAUAAUUUAUAAAAUAUAAAAUUUAAUUCGAUAUAAGCCACUCGUAUUGCAUAUCAAAGCCAAAUUGAUGUUUUGACAUUUAAUUAUUUUCAUUGAGUGAAUGAAUGAAUGAAAUCUCGGCUAAUGUACAUAGAGCCCACGUUUAGGUUUGUUAUAAUUAUCUUGUUAUGUAAAUUCAUUACUAGUUAAAAGGUUAACCUCUUCGUCAUUGUAUUAGUAUACGUUAAAAUACCAAAUUGUAAAUAUUUGUAAAGAUAUUAUCGCAUUGUAACUAAAUUUUAUUACCAUUUGUUCUAAGUGAUUGUUCUUUCUUUGUUGUUAAUUUUGUUUAUUAUUAAUAGAAUCUUAGAUGAACUUUAUUCAAUCUUUGCUUAAUAAGCAAUAGAAUGCUCAUUCCAUUUGUAUAAACAGGUCGUUUUUACUUUACUUCCACUAAUGACACUACAUAUGUACAUUAAAAUAUUUAAGUACAUUCCAAAAAAUGUAAUGUGUUUUAAUGUCAAACUUACGGAACUCUAUGUUUAGAAUAAUUGAAAAGAAAAUUAUCAAUAAUAUAUUAUUAUUAUGUAGUGUCAUUAAGUAUAAAAAAACUAAUAAUAAAAGUCUCCCUCGACCUCAAAUAAUAUAUUUAAAAUAUGACUAUGAUUCACCUCUUUUUAUGUAUUAUAUACAAACUUUUUACUAAUAACACUGUACUGAAGCAUUACAAAAUAACGUUGUUAUAUCGCUUAGAGUCAAUCAAAAAAUUAAACGAUAUAUUAUUGUUAUAGAUAUUUGGAGUUAUUGUGCAAACUUUUCAAUUUUUACUGUCCAAAUAAAAUUAAAGUGGUAAAAACUAUCCCACACGGUGUCGAUAUAGUUAAAAUUCUUCACUGCUUAUAAAAUUGUCAUUAAAGAGGUGAAUUACAGUAUUUAUUGUGAGAUUGUUGUCAUUAUGUCAACACUGCAACUUUUCUUCUAGUUUGUACAACACUGGCUAGUAAUAAAAAGUAAAUAUUUAAAUGGAAGAAACAUACUGCAACACUAUAAACGUCAUUCUAAUAGUAGGUAAUAUUGUAAAGAGAUAUCCUCUCUUUUAGUAAGAAGUUCACGCAAAAUACCAUGUUUUGUCAAUGCCAAAGCAUCGCUAGAUUAUUGUAAUUUGCAUUUAUAGGUAUCUCACUAAUUAUAGUAAUAGGAUUAAGUAAAUAAAAGACUUAUUCCGUAGAUAUACAUAUAAAAUUUGUGUAUUCAUAUUGUGUUUGUCUUUAAAUUGGAAUAAGUCUCGAAUUUUCCAACUUUCGGGUAUAUGGCCGUAUUGUUGAUCUUCGGACGUAACCAAUCAGUUCGUUCGUGACGUAAUUAUUUGUUGUUAAGUCGUUGACAAAACUGUACAGGUGGACUAGAGAUAUUAUAAUAUUUAUUUUACUUUUUAUUUUUAAUGUAUUUUAUAUUUUUCUUUUACCACUCAAACUUUAUACUAAAAAAAAAACUUUUUUUUUUCUUUAAAGAAUAUACUUUGUCUACGACUUAAUCGGUACUACGUAAACGUAUCAUGACAUUAUACCAAUAAAGCAACAUAGCAUCUGAUGUGUCGUGCCAUAAUCAGUGUUUUAAAAAUAUAGUUUUAAAUGUAUGAUAUUCUCGAAUAAUAUUACGGCUAAAGUUAUCAGAAAUCAUGUCAAUAAACUAAUCGUUAAUCAAAUUACAUUUCAAUACAUUUUUAAUGUCGAUACGCCUAGUAACAUCGGCCAAAUAUUAAUGUUGAAAUAAUAUGCCACGAUAAUGUAACCAUAAUAUGAUGUUAUUAAAAUGAUAAUACAUAGUUACGCGAUACAUGCGUACAUUGAUAUUGUAAAAUACGCCAGACAAUAAAUUAUUAUUUAUCACAUA